UCGCGCGGCUUCCCAGGAGCCGGUAUGACGGUGCGGGUGUUGCUUCUGCUGACAUGUGUGGCGGCGGCGGGUGCACUGAAGGCGCCUAAAAGCGGCUUCCUCUUCACGUCGCCCAAGCAACUAAAGGCGGGCACCAGCGAGCGCGUCUGCGUCACGCUCUUCAACCUGCCCGGGCCGGGGCGGAACGUGACCCUCAGUCUCUCACGCUGGGCCGGGUCAUCCCCCUGGACUAGGCUGGUGGAGCUGAUACCAGACACGGUGGACGCUGAUGGCGAUCACUGUUUUGACCUGGACGUGCCGCGCUCGGUGACCAACUCCCGGGGCCACCUGGAUCUCAGCAUUGCCAACGCCGCCGGACUGCGCUUCUCAGACGAAUCCAAGGUGGGAAUCAAGCCAUUCACGCUGCUGACACUGAUGCAAACGGACAAGCCCAAGUACCGUCCAGGGGAUAAAGUCCUGAUUCGCGUCAUAUCUCUGCGAUAUGAUCUCACUCCGCUUAUCGAAAACAUUCCGGAGGUGUGGGUGACCACCCCAGACAACAUUCGCGUUGCCCAGUGGAGUGACGUCGAGACCAGCGGAGGCCUGAUCCAGCUGGAGGUGCAGCUGACCGAGGAGCCGCCACUGGGCAGAUGGACCAUCC